GACAACUUUAAAUCAGCUGUCUUUAUACAUUAAAUUUAUGUCUUCUAGGGUUGUUUCAAAUGAAUGGUACUCGUAAAGUUUAUUUAUCAUUUCAAAGCUUUAUACUUUUUUCUGUAACAAAUAAUAACUUUGUUACCAAAAUCAACUUUGACGAAAAACGAUGUCGCUUUGUUUUGAUGCUCAAAAUUUUGUAAGGACUUAUAUAGGAGACACAAAAGUACUAAAUGUGUCCGUAAAAUCUCUCGACCAAUCUUCAGACUUUCUCCAGCACCUGAACUCUUCUUCUGUUUAUCACAGAGUUUUCAGUCACUGGUGUAGCUAUUCAGCCAUCUCCACUAGUGCUCAUUACUUCGUUGGAACCUUGUUGAUUCUUGUAGGUAUUGCAGGAAUAGGAGGAAAUGGACUGGUUGUUCUGGUCUUCACCAGGUACCGUCGACUACGAACACCGGCCAACAGACUAAUUGUCAACCUUGCUGUUAGCGACUUAAUGAUGUCUUUUCUACAUUUCAUGGCGAGCUACUCUUCGUUUCGAAAAAGCUGGCAGUUUGGUAAGAUAGGGUGCGAAUUCUAUGGGAGUCUCUGUGGGUUAUUUGGACUGGUCUCCAUUGUCACGCUUUCCGCCAUCGCCCUGGAACGUUGCUUGGUUAUAGCGAUUAAACCCUGGUACUGUGGUUACCCUAUUACUAAAAGAAAACUGGGUAGGGUAGUUGCAUUCAUCUGGUUGUACUGUUUCGUAUGUGUGACACCCCCUUUCUUGGGGUGGGGGAGCUACGUACCUGAAGGAUUUUUAACAAGUUGCUCAUUUGACUAUUUAACACGCACCCCUACAAACCGAUCAUACUUCUUCUUCCUGUUCAUUCUUGGAUUUAUCUUACCUCUUUCCGUAAUCGCUACAAGUUAUUGUGUAAUAUGGAAGACAGUGGUCCAACACGAGCGAGAAAUGUCACAAGCAAGUAUAAGCUCAAUAAGUCCAAGAUUUAUGACUAGAAAAAGAAGUGAUUUCAAAUCCGCAAUAAUGAUCCUUUGUGUAAUUGGAUUAUUCUUGUUGUCAUGGUCCCCGUACGCAGCCAUAGCUACAAUUGGUCAGUUCUGCAAUUCAAGUUACAUCACUCCCUGGGUAUCUGCCAUGCCUGCUCUCUUUGCUAAAAUGUCCACUAUGUAUAAUCCUAUAAUUUACGGGAUUUCUCACCGUCGGUUCUGCUCUUGUAUUCGCCUUUUAUUCAUGAAAACUCAAAUCCCCCCUCCAAAGAAAAAGAUUUACAUGAGAUUUUCAAAAGGUUUACCAAGGAGAGACAAUAGACAGACAUUUCUGUCAACGGCCUGUGGCGACUACAGAGUAAGAGGUGACGUAAGUCUACAACCAACAAAUAAAGGCAGAAAAUGCUACGUUAUGAUGUCUCUGGGUCGAGAAGGAAAAUCCACAAAUACUGUGUUUGCCGAACCACAAGCAGAGCAUUGUGAAAAACUAACAUGCGAUCUAUGUUUACUGGAAGCCACAGCACACAAAUACCAGAGAAAUAUGUGGGUAAGAAAGUUGUUGAGUGAUAGCUCCAUCUAUAGUCGUUCAAAGGCAAAUGUAAAUAACGAUUUAUCUCUUCCAGAGUGUCUUAUCAAACAAAAAUCUCGUUACGAAGCUUGCUUUUGUUGGUACGAUCAUAAAAAUAGCUCCAUUUGCUAUAAUACCACAUGCUCCUGCUCCUGUGAGUUUAGGUUAGAGGCGUCGCCCUCGAGCGCCAAGAAAGAACAUUAUAUAAAGCGACCAAGUGGUGGUAGUUUACCUGCUCGAUGUGCAAGUUGCUAUUACUGUGACCGGAAGAUAAUACACUACUACUGA